ACUGGGUAUUGCAGAACAACAGUGAAAACAGAAGCAGCUCCUGGAAGCACCCAUGUGGAGAAAACAGCCGUUGGGAAAACUGAGGACAUGACAAACUUCAUGGACGACUUAACCCUCAGCUCACCGAAGAAAAGGGAGUCAUCUGUGAGAUCCAAGAGAAGCUGUGACAGGUCAUCCACGAGGUCAUCCAGCAGAUCCUCGUGCAGUUCACGGUCCAGUUCAAGCAGCUCCUCUUCAGCUUCCUCAAGGAGCUGGAGCCGGUCCAGGUCCAGGUCCAGGUCGCGGGCUAGAAGGAACGGUUCCCGCAGGUACAGGCGGUACUCCCGCUCCUACUCCAGGAGCAGGUCCAGGUCCCGUGGCUACAGGAGGUACCCAGGCAGGUACUAUGCCAGGCACUACAGGAGGUACCACCGCUCCCCGCCGAGGUACCGCUCCCGCAGCCGCUCCUGGUCCCGCGGAAGGUCCUACUACAGAAGGUCCUAUUCGAGGAGCAGAUCACGGUCGAGAGGCCGAAGAUACUACGGGUUUGGGAGAACCAUCUAUCGUGAGGCUUACAGGAGCUGGAGAAGCAGGUCACGGACGAGAUCUCGGAGCAGGUCGCCUCUCCAUUUGAGUGAAAAAGACAAACGGGAACUGCUGGAAAUUGCAAAAGCCAAUGCUGCAAAAGCUCUGGGAACAGAUAACAUUGUCUUGCCAGCAAGCUUGAAGAUCCUUUCUCCUCCCAAAGAGAUAAAAAAUGAAAAACCAGAGCGUGAAGGUGCUGGAGAGUCAGCUGAGCAACCCAGAGGACUGGCAGAGGACGUGACCAAGAGCGCAGUGGAGCGAGCAGCUGUGCAGAGGAGCAUUUCUUUCAGCCCUAACAAUACAAUGGCAAAGCCAGUGCUGCAGAAGCCAGUGCUGCAGAAGCCAGUGCUGCAGAAGCCAGCGAGCAGCGUUGUUAAAGAACCGGCAGUCCCUGUGGCAAGAGAAGAGGAGAGAAAGGGCAGUCCCUAUGGGCAGUGGGUUCCUGUCAAGAAGGAGGAGAAGAAAACAUUUCUAAAUUUCUCACCCAAAAGUGCAGCCUUCCGGGCACGCUAG